AUGGCCACCGCAGCAUCAACCCUUAAAAUCGGAUAUGUUCCCGAGCAUUUCUCUACCCCUCUUCACUUCGCGCAAAAACAUUUCGGUCUCGAUGCUGAACUGAUCCCAUUCCCAUCUGGUACCGGACACAUGAUUACAUCCAUACGUUCGGGUGAAAUCGAUGUAGGCAUUGGUCUCACUGAAGGGUGGGUAGCCGGGUUGGGCAAAUCCGAUGUAGAAGGUGAUGGAGGAUAUAAAAUCGUUGGAACUUAUGUCGAAACACCAUUGUGUUGGGCAAUCUCCACUGGCGCAAACAGACCUCUGAAUAGCAUCGCACAUCUUAAGAACGGCAAAAUUGGCGUCUCGAGAAUAGGAAGCGGGAGCUACGUUAUGGGAUCCGUUCUCGCAGAUGAGCAAGGCUGGCUCAACGAAAGUCAAUCAUCUGAGGGACCGUUCGAAGUCGUUCCUUUACAGACAUUCGAGAAUUUGCGCAACGGUGUGAAUGAUAGCACGGUAGAUUUCUUUAUGUGGGAACAUUUUACUUCUAAAAAAUAUUACGACAAUGGAGAGAUCAAGAGGAUCGGAGAGAUUUAUACACCAUGGAGUAGUUGGAAGAUUGUUGCUAGCACGAACGUGCUGCGGAACUCGGAUGAUAAGAGAUUGGAUGAUAUGUUUGAGAAAAUCGACAAGGGAGUUAGGUAUUUUGAGAAGAAUCAGGCUGAAGCUGUCAAAUACAUCAGUACUGCGUUGGAUUAUAGCGAGGAGGAUGCAAAGGAAUGGUUGAAGACAGUCAAGUUCGCGAGUAGCACAAAGGGAGUGGAUGUAGCGGUUAUUCAGAAAACUGUGACUACACUGCAGAAGGCUAAAGUGCUAGGAGAUGAUGGUAUGUCACCAGAACAAAUGAUUGCUAAAUAA